CAAGGAUACCUGGACAACUUCAACCCCGGAAGUGCUAGUCCUUUUUUGCUGCACCCCGUGGCACGAUUUUCCCGAUUUGCUUCGCAAAUUUAUGAAAGUAGAAUAUUCGACCUCGACGUUAGUAGGUACGUUCUGAAAGUCAAAGUCGGUGUUUGUGGAAAAUGAUACGAAGUUUGUUCUCCAGGUUCGCUCCCGGCGCGAGCGACCAUGAUGGGAGAAGAAAUAUGCUUCACGAUAAAACCACAGCGACGGAAGUUGGCAACGAGAACGAGAAGCGCCCAAGAACAGUCGUGGCAUGCAGCAGUGACGACACAGCAACUUUGCAGCAGGAGCUUCCAGUGGUGCAACCAGUGGUGCCAUCGUCGUCCACGGCACCUUCUGUAUCGAAAAUAAAUCCCCUCGCCCCCCUCGUAACGCGAUACGUCAACGCCCUGCAGAUGUACAAGGAAAAAAUCACAACUUCUAGGCGGAGGAAUUGGGAGCCUACCGCCUACCCCGACGGUCCGACGUACUACAUGGAGGACCUGCCGCUACUCAUCGCCAACGGGGCAUUUGUCCCUAUUACAACAACCGCCACAUCAUCACCGACGGCCCACUCCUGCAGCUUUUUCCUCAACUCCUACGUGGUCGUUUUCAAGCACGACUGGUUUGUGCUGGAAAAAUUUUCCCUGAUCAAAGAGGAGAAUUUUCUCCCGGUUUUGACGGACGAGGGGCUGCUGCAGCAAGGAUCGAGCGUGAAAAAACCGAACAAGUCUGAGGAGCUAGUCUCUCUAACCGCGACAAACUCUUUGGCGAACUCGUCCGCGUCUAGUGGGUCGUCCAGUUCUUGUUCCUGUACAAGCAGUACGGCGGAAGAGGAGGUUGUACAACCGUGUUCGGCCGCAGGCGUGAUCUUCGCGGUAGACGUAGAAGACAAGAAGAACUCGACGUUGUCCCGAGAUCAAGAUAUCGAUAACUACGCAAAGCGUGACCCUGCUUCUCGCUCCGACGUGCGAGAAGACAAGGAAGUGACCACCGCCACUACAACAACUGAGGGUGACGAGGUCCUGGUCGCAACUACAAACAACAACUACGACCACGAAAAGCCGCGGGAAGCUUGUCCGGCUCCGGUGCCUUUGAACUUGGACUUUUUGAAGGUUCACAGCGCCGCAGUAGAGGUGGUAGACGAGGAGGUAGAGAGGGAAGGAGCGGAGGAGGACAAUUUGAGACUCCUCUCGUCCUCCGCAGGCGAAGUACAAGAACCUCCUGUGUCGUUGCCUCUUCCAGGUGGACUCGCACACCACGACUAUGGAGGUCGUGAAGCUUACUACACAACCCCGACCUAUCUCGCAACACCUCCGUCCAGCCCCACGAACAAGCGGAAACGCGCUCGCGGAAUAAAUCAUGGUGUUGCAACCACAGGCCGCACCGACGAAAGUCCUUUCUUCACGACGUCGGAGCACCUUCUUCAGGGAAAUUCGAAUCCCUUUCAUCUCGCGAUUUGCUUCUACGAAGAGGAAAAUCCCCAGUGGGGAACUACAAACGCAGCGCGGCCUGUAGAAGUUCCGGCUCAGAGUCAGAGUGGCCAGCAAAGCAGUGGUAACCAUAGUGCAGCGUCCACCUAUUUUCUGAGCAAACGGCCCGCAUUUUUGGCAGAUGACCUGUUGCAGCUGGGAGCAGAUCGGAGUAGAGAUGCAGGAGGACUGGGAGUAGGACAAGAAGAGCUAGAGCAGCAUCAACAACAGCAGUUGUUUGAUAACAAUGUCGGGCCGCCACGACUACCUCCACAUCUCGACCUGUUCUGUUCGUGCGAAGACGACUUCGAGGAGGAAGAGGUGGAUCUGGUUACGAAAAAAGCCCGAAAAAUGGAGGAACACGAACUGGAACACCAGUUGGUGUCCGAUCAGGAGGAGGAGGAUUUUUCUCGUCGUGCGACUUCAGGUCAUCAUGUAGGGCUAGGACAUGAACACGUUGAACAGCACGAAGCGACCCGCCUCACAACAUCAGCAGCGCCCGAUGAAGCAGUAGUAGAUCAACUUCAACACAGUAGUAGUUUCAUGCGGUGGCUGCAAGAGCAGCAGACCGCUCAAGGUCAAGAACAACAAUCUCCGACCCACUUGAUGUUUUCUUUUUCGUCCUUUCAGAGUGCUGCUGCGGUUGCGGCAGAGGGAAGUUCUUACCAGGAUCGUCCUGAGGAACAAAUGCAGCAAGGCGUACGAGAGCCAGUGCAGCAACAAGAAGUGCAGGAAGACCGCGCUCGUGCCCUCCUCCAGCAACAGCAGCAACAGAGACUGGAGCAGCAGCUGCUAAAUGACCACCUGUAUCACGAUGAGCUGAUGUACUCUUUUCCGUCUACGGGUCUUUCCACCGUCGUGCAGCCGGAGGAGGAUUUCCGCGAACAAAUGGUAUCAGAACGGGAGGUGGCAAACACGCAGCUGGAUGAAGUGCUAGUAAAUGAACCGGAAGAUGAUGAAGCUGCAGAACCAUGUACGACUGCUAGAAGCACAGGAGUUCAUCUUGCUAAAGGAGAUCAUGUCAAGAAACGGGAACAAGAGGUGGACUUGCAAGAAAUUUUUACAACCGCUGGUGGUACAGAUACAGUUGCACCUCCUUCGUCGUUCCGCCUACUCCAGCCCGUGCAGUUGGACGUAGACGUAUUUGCCGGCGCGGAUGAGAUGAAAGAACACCUGUCGUUUCAACAUCUACUUCCAGAACUCGCGUCGAAGACUUCGUCACGAACCAGCCGUGUCUUGUCAUCCUCGGAAGACGAACUGCAUCUGGAUCAUUCUCACCUUCUUGCACCACCUGCAUUAGCACCGACCUGCGGACAGCAAGAGCAAAACCUCCAGCAGACAGUACAGCACUCCUCUUCCGAAGACGAGCUCCACUUGGACGUCGCGCACCAUUUUCCGAAACAAGCUCUGGACUCUCCGCCUGUCAUGCUACACAAGGAGCAGGAGAAGCAGAACGUGGAAAUAACCAGCACCACAAACAGAAAGAUUCAGUUUUGCCAAAGCCAGAACCAUUUUUCUCAGCGUGCCGCCUUUCCAAGCUCGUCCGAGGAUGAGCUGCAUCUGGAAGUGCAUCACCACGUUAAUGGGAAAAAGAUCAUCUCGUCUACCGGGAGUAGCACGAGGGAUCUGAAUCUUCCCAAUAAAAACAUCGGUGCGAUGCAAACGAAGCAAGAGGAAUUAGACGAGCGCUCUCUGCAGAACAGCAUUGCCAACAACCCGAUAAACCAGAUGAAGUAUUUCGACGGCGCACACCAAUCGCAGGAGCCUACGGAUGACGAGGAGGACGGGAGUGUUGAUGAUUCUAUCGAUGCUACUCAGCAUGACAAAGACAAGUCGCAGGGAGUGCCGGGCGUGAAGGAAAUCUGUGAGAAGUUGGAUUUGUUUUUGGAAGAACUCCUCGGAAAGGAUGCUGAAGCUGGACGGGGAGAGGACGCGGUAAGAAUAACGCCUUGUUUUGACAUAGAAUUUGCAUCGUCCUUUAUUGUGUGAAGGACAAGGAAUACUAGCAGCCGCUUGCUGCCGCUGGGCAUAGGUUCGCCUGAUUCCGCUUCAUGCGAUGCCCACGAAGAUUAUUGGUAGUGGUACUGCAGCAGGAACAACCGGAUCCAAAUCUAUUAAACACAAUCAGAUUGUGUUGAAUCUAGCAAUAAAAUUCACUUGAUCCAAAUAGCACCUACAACUACCACCUUCAUACAGGAUCCAUCUCCCGUGGUCACAACGGACACAAGUCCAAGCGCCGAGUUAGUGGGCACCAAAAUGAGCAGCCCUCGUUUCUUCUAUUACCCUGAGGACCAAAGUCGCAGACUGUUGAAAUUGGAUCAUGAGCAGCAGUCCAAGAAUUUAGACGGAUCAGCAUCUCUUAACCAAACCGAAGAUCAUCCUACCGAUACUUCUGAUCUGCACUACGCGUUCCAGCUUCACCUGCUGCACGCGAACCGCGUAGCUGUAUCUCUCCACGCGAGCCCAACGGUGAACAGUUCCAACUACCACACGGAGUUCGACCACAUGCUCGGGGUUUACGAGGUUUCGCAGUUCAAAAACGAGCAACAAGUGGUUCAUUGGAAGGAGGUAUCAAAUGUAAAAAUGUGUGGGUCUGGAAGAAUGCAACUUGUGAUGCUGAAUUUGAAUUCCACAAAAAUCUGUAUUGCAUGAGCAGCAAAGGGAGUGUAAUUUUUGCUACGCGGAGAGGGCAUUUGUCAUGCGGAAUAGGCAUCGCGAAGCCCUCAAAAAAUCUGUGAUGCUAGGGCAUGCAUCACAGACAUCAUGGCCCAGGCAAAACAUGGUGCCACUAGGGCCUUGUGUUCUGGCUACUCCGGAUCGCAAUCGAUGGAGGGCGGGACCUGCACCGGCGACAGGCGCUAUCCAACCAACCAACCAACCAAGUCUCAGAAUCUUCCAGACCCAGACAUUUUUACAUUUGACAGGAGGGCAGCUACGCCGCGCAGUCGGUUUUGGACUUUUUCGGCUGUUUUUUGGAGCAGGACUACCACAGUCUGGAUGGGGAGUUGAACGUUUUCAAGAAGGGAACUACAACGUCGGCGCUGGACCGCCAAGCGCACGCGCCGCGAAUUCGGACGGAGGCGCAGCUUUUGCAGAUUCAGCGGGAAAUGGAAAAAAGGUUGAAACAGCACAGCUUCUUCCCGAACAACAGUGCCGGCUCUUCAUCUUCUGCAACGAUUGUUUCCGCCGUCCGCGGCGCCGCGUUUUUCGACGAAGAACUGUUGAAGGAGGCGAUGCAAAAGUCGCCCUGCACCGAUUCCCGCGGACGGCAACUGGAGAGGCACGCGCGGGUGCGCUUCAUCGGCUUCUCCCCUGCGCAUCGGGUUUCGCUGUCUACUUCUUCGGAUACUAAAGAUCAUGCAGCGCCGCCCCCGCCUCCCGAACGGUCCACCACCUACCAGGUUGCCGAGUGCGGGUGGAUUUGGGAGCCGGAGAACGAGAAACGGGAAGACGCAUGGAAGUUAGACGUCGAGAAAGUGAAAUCCGGACAGCACGUGGUGGUGAACUUCGAGCACCCGGUGGUGGUCCACGAUGAGGCCUUCUCGAAGGACGGCAAGAUGUUUUCCUUGCAGGACGUCCCGGAUCAUCAGAUUGGCGGUAGGGACGAGGAGAGAAGUAGAAUUCUUCGCACUGGUGCCAACAAGAACAGCAACACAAAUACAACUUCCGGAAAUGAAGAAAAGUUGCAGUUCGCGUUUUAUCAGGAGGACCGACUGCAUGGAGCAGAAGGUGGUCCUGUAGUAGUUCGUGGCAAGAACAUUCCUACUAGUAGGCGACGCCAGAGUUCCCAGACAGCAGACUGUCAAGGAGAGCGCGAGUUUCGGCCGCGAUCGCGCAGGGCUCCAGCGGGUGCGGGCUUUGGUAGAGCGACAAGCAAAAACGCCUCAGAUGAGCGACAUAGCGGUCGUGCUAGAAAAGCUGCAAGAAAUGUUCAAAAUCGACCGGCAAGUAGUAGUAAUCGUCGAAAGCGGAGCUCCUGCUCACGUCGCCGCAUUAGAACCAGCUUAAGAGAUGACGAAAUUUCCAGAAGUCGGUCUUCCAUAUCAGGAACCGAAGACCAGCCCCCAGUUCCGCACCCAAAGGCAAGUCGGAAAAACGGGGCUGCCUUGUUGCUGUCAGGAAAACAGGGAACAAAGGUACUACAUAAGACGGGGAAAGGCGCUACUGCGGCCGCGAAAAACCCUAUUAGUGCAAGUAGAACGGCGCAGCUGGACUCUGCAAUGAAGGUAAAGAGGGCGGUCAAGGAGCGCAGAACGAAAGUUGCGAAAAGUCGCACUCCUGGUGUUGCGGAGCGAACAGCAGAAUCUUUGGACGAGCAGCGUUCCGCGGCAGAAAAGAUGGCCAACAACGCUCGUCCUGCUGGAUCACCAGUGGAGCAGCGGCAACAGCAAAAGCUUCUUCGUUUCUAUUACCCCGAGCCGACCGCGGUUCAAUUGGGCCAGCCAUCUGGUGUAAGCUCCAAGUCGAGUUCCAAACAGGCGACCACAUCGGGCGUUCCCAUGUUGGACGACGCAUUGACGGACUUGCUGAAUGCUGCAGUGAAUAGCGAGCUCGCCAUGCAAGGUCAGCUACAGGAAUUGCUCGAGGGAACAACAGCGACGACCAGCAAAGCCAUCCAAAAAUCAUCCCAGCAGGUCGUUGGUUCUGAGAACAUCAACAUCGCCGGCGUUGAUUAUAGCAGCAACGCAAACAACACCAAGACCUUCCAGCUGAACUCGGAAAACUUCGAAAUGCAGAGGAAUGCCAUGACGAAGAAGUUUGUGCCGGUUACCAGGGUGAACCAAGGGUCAAGAGGAAAAAAUACAGGAUACAACGACUCUGAAGACAGCGAGAACAACUACCAGGACGAGGAGCAAACUGGUGGCAUUCUGUACCGCUCGAAAAAGCUUUCCCCCGGGUUUUACUUAUCGCAGGUCGAAGAUUACGAUUUCUCGAUGGACGGCACGCGGAUUUCCUCCUCAGUAAUUCCAAACCAGCAGCAAGAAGACGAGAACCAAGUAUUAAACACUUACGAUCCGGAGCGCGUCCACGUGCUGUGGUCGGCCGCGGACUGGCGGUUCGCAGAGAGGUUCGGGACGAAGCGCCCCUUUCCGGGGUUUUUGGACUUGGAAUGUACGGUGCUGAGUGGGAGAAAGUCCCAGUGGCUGUGGACCACGCACGAGGAGUCCGCCAUGGCGAACCGGGGAGGACGCUACGGCACUACCAGUCUGCCCCCGAAAAACCGCGGGUUGAGCCCCUUCCGAAACGGGGAGACAAUGAGAGGGAGGAAGGGUGGCGGCGGUAUGGGAGCUCUUCUUGGUCAACAAGCGGGAAGUACUAGUGGUCACCAGCGACGAAAGGUCGAGGGAGAAACUGCGCCUGUUGUGCCGUUGACAAGGGACGCAGGAGCCGAGGAACCGAAGCGUCCCAUUGCUGGUGCUGCGCAAGCAACUGCACCUACUCCCAAAGAUGCAGCUCCUGGCGCUCCUUCUACCGCUGCGAAGAUGAAAUCUCUUACCGAAGAAGAGAAGAUGUUUCUGAAAUCUCGCGACCAGAACAUUUUCGUGCAGUGGCCCAGUGUGAACGCAACUUUUCUCAGCGACUACUUCGUGAAGGACACGUCUGGUGGCGACGACAGUCAAACAAAGGCGAGAGGCUCCGCGUCGCAGAGAAAUAAACCGUCGGCGAGAAUGAGUGCCACGAACGCCACGGCUUCAACGCUGCGGCAGAAGGAGAAGUCCGUGAUCCAGAAGAUGCGCAUGACCCGGGCGGUCAUGCUGUCCAGUGAGAACGCGGAGCCGAUUUUGCUUAAAAGCCUGAACGGGGUCUUCGAGGAUCUCAGGAGGAUUUAAGUAUUUUCAGGAUCUAUUUCUAUGAAUUCGCAUCCACUUGUUCGUAGCAAAACCAAAAUUCUUUAGGAGCACGGUAUCGUGAAGCUCCAGAGGCUUGUAUGUGCUUACUGCACUGUAAUUUUCUACCCACCCCUGUUCCGUGAGGUAUUUGUGCCGUUUGUCUACAAGAACAAAAACGAGUAGAAGCGCACCCAGUCAAUGCUAAGUAAAUCAUUUUUGUGGUUUUUGAGCUACUACAAAGUUCUGUGCGCAUCCCUGCGGUAUGCAGACGCUCAGCUAUAAUUUUUCACUGCCGCAUAAGUUCCGGAAAUCGAAAUUCGACUCAAAUUGUAGUAAAUCACGGUGUCCCCGUGAGGUGCAAUGAAUUGCAAUUACGGC